GGCCCACAAUCAUGAAAUGAGCGACUGAGAGUCUGAGAGAGAGAGACAGAAGCAGAAACCUCACUCACUCUUUUUCCUUCUUUUUUUUCUUCUCAUUUUUGCGGGUGUGAGAAAAGAGGCAGCAAAAAGAAAAAUGGAGGUUGGAUUUCUAGGGUUAGGGAUAAUGGGAAAAGCAAUGGCUAUGAAUCUUCUUCGACAUGGUUUCAAAGUCACAGUCUGGAACAGAACCCUCUCUAAAUGUGAAGAGCUUGUUCAUUUUGGUGCUUCCAUUGGAGAAACCCCUGCAGCAGUAGUCAAGAAGUGCAAGUACACCAUAGCAAUGUUGUCUGAUCCUUCUGCUGCACUCGCGGUAGUUUUUAACAAGGAUGGGGUGCUCGAGCAAAUCUCUGAAGGAAAAGGUUAUAUUGACAUGUCUACAGUUGAUGCUGAUACUUCAAUCAAAAUUAAUGAGGCAAUUCUACAAAAAGGCGGUACUUUCCUCGAAGCUCCAGUAUCUGGUAGCAAAAAGCCAGCCGAAGAUGGUCAAUUAGUCAUUCUUGCUGCCGGAGAUAAGGCACUUUAUGAGGAAGCAAUUCCAGCUUUUGAUGUCAUGGGGAAGAAGUCCUUCUUCUUGGGACAGGUGGGAAAUGGAGCGAAAAUGAAGCUUGUUGUUAACAUGAUAAUGGGCAGUAUGAUGAAUGCAUUCUCGGAGGGACUUGUACUGGCCGACAGAAGUGGGUUGAGCCAGCAGAUCCUUCUUGACGUGUUGGAUUUGGGUGCCAUUGCUAAUCCAAUGUUCAAGAUGAAAGGGCCAGCUAUGAUUCAAAACAAUUACUCCCCUGCUUUUCCUUUAAAGCAUCAGCAGAAGGACAUGAGGCUGGCUCUUGCUCUCGGUGAUGAGAACGCAGUAUCCAUGCCAGUAGCUGCCGCUGCCAAUGAGGCAUUCAAAACCGCCAGAAGCCUGGAGUUGGGUGACUUCGAUUUUUCAGCUGUACUCGAAGCAGUUAAGGUAUCAAGGGAUUUGGGUAACGUGAAACAUGCAAGUACUCAAUAAGAUGGUGUACCCACAAGAGAUCUACAAAAGAUGAAAUCGUAGUCAUUGUUGUGUUGCUUAAAAGCUGUGCACUUGAAGUUUAUCUUCAAGAUCAUUGAUUAUAGUGUAAAAAUUUCUCUCUCGCCCUUAGAAAAUUAGGGUGUCAUAGCAGCAAAUGAUCAUCAAUUUCAUACAAGAAAUGUGCUUAUCCUUUUUUUUUUUAUGCUCAAUACAAUCUUCUCUGUGUUUCCACUUUUAAAAGGGUAAAUUCCUAAGUUCUUGAAUCGUAUUACCUUUCAAACUUGCA